AUGUCCAGGAAGGCUUCCCGGCUAGACAGGGAAAUGACAGACAAAGCUAAGUCCACAUCCUUCGCUAGCUGUGACAAAACAGGAAUCCUUCGAAAGAAGAGACGGGAUCUGCAGGAAACCAUAGACAUGAUGGAGUCGCAGACACUGCUGAUGACCCCGCUGUCUGUGAAGAUGGAGAACAACCUGGUUGUGCUGGAGGAGAAGGCGGAGAAGGACUUGGCAGCCAUGUGCCAUGAGAAGGAGAGGCUGCAGAGGCAGGCACUGGAGCUGCGAAGCCAGCUGCUUCUCCGACAGAAACAGUAGGAGCUGGCCGCUGCCCUUGAUGCCCAGAUUGAGGUGCUGAGCCCUCUUCAGCCUGUGUUAGAGCGCUUCAUAGAGGAAUAUAAGACACUGGGCAGAGCCCUGGACACCACACGACACGAGCUGCCCACACAGGCUGUCCACAUGGAAGGAAGUGGGCAGGAGCUCCUAGAUGAUCUGCAGCCAGCCCUGAGGACCACCCUGCAGCUCCUGGGUGAUCUGAGCAUCUGCUCCCCAGAAGCCAGUGUACAGGUGCAGGGAGCCAGCACACAGCAGCCUGGAGCCAGUGCACAGCUGAAUUGUUGGCUGAAGGAACUGAAGGGCUUGGUUGCUGAGAAAGACCUGGAGCUCGGCAGACUUGUCAGCGAGGUGAUGGAACUUUUCUCCCAGGCCAGUAAAGAGGCAGCUUUGAUGAACCAGGAAGUCUGGGAAGAGGAAGAGAUCACCCUCACCAGCAGCCAGGGGUACUUGAGUAGUCCAGAUGCACACAGGGACCACAGCCCUUCCCAGGACAGGACAUGA